GAUUGGCGAGGUUUCUUUCUGCAGAAGGAGCAAAUCCUCCACUCCAACUCUUAAAAGUUCAAAUUUAGGGCUUUGUUGAUCGAUUCCUCUACUCGAAUCGAGGUGGUCUUCCGGUGAUUGCCUCUCAUCGCUUUCCUUGCCUUCUGCACGAUUUCGCGUGCCCCUAGUUCAGGAACCAGAGGAACUAUGGAUGACAUGGACAUCGAUCACGUUGUGGAAGUUCCUGAUACUCCUGAGAGGUUUAUUUCACGAAGUGGGAACCACAACAAUCUCUCACCAUUAGCUGAAUUGGUGGAAAUUCCGGAUUCUGUUGAUAGAUGUUCUCAUCAAUGGACAAGGGACAAGGGCAUGGGUAGAAUAGCAAAUGGAAUGGGGCAGAACAGAAGGCCGUCCAUACGUCCUCCUAAAAGGAUUGGCCUUAUCAAUGAAUCUGUGAACUGUAGUAGCCCCAUUAUUAUAUCUCCCUCAGACAAUUCAUGUACAGCGGGGCCUCACUCAUCUAGGAAUCUACAAAUAGACAGGAGCUCCGAGAAUGAACAGAGGCGCACUUUGGGGGGCCUUGAUAUGGAUGGUGCAGGAGCUACUUCUAGUGGAUGUUCGUAUAAAUUAUUUGCUUGUCCCAGAAAGGAUGCUGCAAUAAAUUCUAUGGGGAGAACUGGGGAGGAUUCUUGCUACCUUCCAAAGUCAGUCCAGACAUUUGGCAAACCUUGCAGGGGUGAGGAGAAAGCAAAUGGAAGCACAUGUAAUGCUACUUGUUCUUCUGCGCUUCGUGGAAAAGGAAUAGAUUUUUCAGAUGUUUCCAUUGACAAAUCUCCCAAAAAAUUACCUCAACUCUCUCGCAAUGUGUCAUCACCGAGAGUUGCUGGGCAUAAGAGGUUGGUCCGGAAUGGCUGUAUUUCUCCACAUAAUAUCGCAUCAAGAGUGAAAGAAUUAGUUGUAAAAAAUAGUUCCAGUGGUCCUGGACAGAUGAGUAACGAGGUUUCCAAUGGUUCACCAUCAUGCACUCAGUUGGAUGAAAUAGUAGCUGAAGAGGACAACCGUGCCAGAAUCAAAGGGAAAGGGGUACUAUUACAUCCUCGCACGUCAAAAGAGCAUGAGACAAAUCUUCUCAAUAUGUCCACCAGUACCUGCAGAAAUCCUACUAUUAGAAGUGAUGAGGAGUAUAAAGGAACUGCUAAUGCUUCUGUGGAUGAUUUUACUGGAUAUGAAAGUCAAGGUGGCUGGAGAAGCACGCGCUAUCAACUGAGAAGUGGCAGAGCUGGAAAUGCUGCGAGUAAAUGUGAUAAUGUUGUUGAGAAAAGAAACCACCAUUAUGAAAGUAAAAGCAGCAGUAGUGGUAGAUCUAAUUUUGCUGGAGAAGCUGCUUCAAGGCAUGUAUCUGAUGUCCACAGAGUCGAUGGGCGGCAGCAUUUCGCAAAUAUUCCAAUUAGAAGUCAAAACCGAAGGGCAUCUAUUUCUAGAGGUGAUGCCAGGUCUUCUAGGUUAGGUUCUGAGGACUCAGAAGUUAUGUUUGCUGCCUCAUCUGAAGAAUCACCUGAUUCAUCAUCAGUCAGACUCCAGAAUCGCCGACAGAGGCGGGUUUUAGAUUCUGUCAUUGAAAUUAAUGAGUCUUCACCUGAGGUGGGAUAUUCUUGCCCCCGAAAUGUGGAUCUUGUUGGCAGUCCUGACAGAGAGGCUAGAGUCAGACAACUGGAAGCAGAUGAGAUGCUUGCUCGUGAACUUCAAGAACAGUUAUAUAAUGAAUCACCGCAGAUGGAAUUGGUAGCACAGAUGCGACAACAAGGGGAACAAAAUCAUACUUCUUCUACUUCAAGUUUAAGUCAUCCGUCUCCUGUUCAUAGAAGCACAAGAGUGACUCGCUUACAGAGACAGCUCCUGCCUCGUUCCUCUCGAAACUCUGUAAAUAGGAGAGGACGAGCUACUAACGAGCCAAUGAGAAUUCAACCAUCAAGGAGGGGAAGCUUCAGGCGCUCAUCUACGCUGCUAUCUAGGGAGAGGGGUUUUCACUUUCCAUUAGAUAUGGAUCUUGACAUGAGAAUCGAUAUAUUAGAAGCACUGGAGGCUGCUAUUGGGGACUUUGAUGGUCUUGCAACAUCCGCCAAUAGCAUUUUUCGAAUGGAACGCGACUUUAAUGAAAAUGAUUAUGAGAUGCUGCUGGCGUUGGAUGACGAUGUUCGUCAUGUUGGUACAUCAUCUACUCAAAUAAAUAGUUUGCCCGAGUCUAAAGUACAGGCCGAUGUCUCAGAGGAAGCCUGUGCCAUUUGUCUCGAAAACCCAAAGCUUGGAGAAACAAUACGCCACCUCCCUUGUUUGCACAAAUUUCACAAAGAUUGUAUUGAUCCAUGGCUCAGCAGAAGUACAUCGUGCCCUGUCUGCAAGUCAUCCGUAGCUUGAUUGUGCUUUGUUGGAGUCAUCAACUUCAGCUGGUUUAGUCACAAAUAUUUGGAACGGCCAAUCCUUUUACUCAGAUUGGUCGAGUCAGUUGCGAAUUUUGAUGAACCUCAUGCUUUUGUUAAUAUCCAAUGUCUCCUGUAUCUGGUGGCAGCAUUUCAACUUGUAGAUGCCUUGCUGUUGAUUGUACUGUGACCAACCGUUGGAGCUAACCUUAGGAGUGCUUAUUCGGCCCAGGCACUUAUUUUGCACCCUUUUGGUGCCAUUUAUACCUUUAACGUCAGUCGGUUUAUAAAUCAGCUACAUGAUUCUCAUGGGGCCAUGUGUGAAACACAGUGGUUGGUUGCGACGGAUCCACAUUUUAAUCUGGCUUGAGUUCAAGUGUUGGUUCGAGCCCUAGGUUGCAAGCCACCAAUUGGGCAAAGCUACAGCUCAAAGAGCCCUGGUCUUGUUCAGAGAGAGAAAUUGACCCGAUGUAGGUCAUGAGCCACCCGUUGGGUGAAUCCAGGCUUGGGAUUAUUGAGAAAGUCCAUAAGAGAGGCGUCUACCCAAUCAGUGGCUCGGGAUCCUGGGCUGGGGUGCCAGCCCCAUGAGUUUGGGAGCCUUGGGGAAGGAGGCUUGCAAGCUUCUUAGUGCCUAUGGGUUUAUCGAGGUUUUCAACUGAGUUCUCGAGGUCAGAUCUGACUCAUCUGAGGUUGCAUCUAGAUUUGGGGCCUCCGAGCCGACUGAGGCGGUUCAGGUGGCAGCACAGGUAAAUUUCAUCUUCCGCUUCAUGUGAAUCACAAUGGAGGAUGGCGGGUUAGAACGUGAGAAUUUUCCAUUUAUGGAGUAUGAGAAGACCAUCUGUAAUUGCAAUUCUGAUUCGGGGGGGAACAAAAUAAAGAAUUUGGUUUAUGAAUA